AGAGGCUAUACACAUCACCAAGUCUUCUCAUAACCUCAAGAAUUAUCAAUCCUACUUUACAAGAAAAAAAAAAAAAAAAAAACCAUUCUUGAAUUCUUACAAUACAUACAGUCUGAUGAACCUAUCGGGUUCCGAAUGCAGCAGCGGCUGCGAAUCGGGGUGGACGAGGUACCUCAAUCAUUUCUCAAAUUGCGGAGAUCCUUAUAACAAUAAUAAUAGUAGAAGCAGGGGAUUUGUCGACGAAAAGGGAGUGUAUAUCGACGAUGAUUAUGAUGAUGAUGAGGAUCUUUCGAUGGUUUCGGACGCGUCGUCGGGGCCGCCGCCGCCGCAGCAAUUCCAAGAGUAUCUUCAUCAUAAUCAAGACUGUGCCUUUGAGAAUCAGAAAAUGAAGAACAAGCAGGAGAAGAUGAGUAGAACUAAAGAAGGAUUAAUCAAGUGUAAGAAGAGGCAGAGUUUGAGCUGCCUUGAUGAUGACACUGCCAGCUCACCAAUCUGUCAAUUAUCACAGGGCAAUGUAGCUCAUCAGGAUCAUCUCUCAAGCUUCUCACAGGUCUUUUCCUCUGCACAUGUUGAGGAUGACUGUAUAACAAAGAAUCAAUUUGGAUUCUUUAAAGUCACUGCAAAAGGGAAGUCAGGGAGUUUCCUGGGAAGAAAGAGGCAGUGAUAAGCAGGAGUAGAAAUGCUGAAGGAAUAAGAUUCCAGAACUAUCACCAAAUGGCAGAUGAAAAUAUUAAGACAUCAUUGUCAUGUCUGUAUCCCAUAAGAUAAUAAUCUAUUUGCUAUCAUUUUUUUUUUUUUUUUUUAUUUUUAAUUUAUUUUUUAUAUGUUAUUUGUUCUUGUCCUUUCAGCUUUGCAGUAGGGAACAACCUAAGAUCAUAAAUGUAAAAAACCUAGUCUUGAAAAAAAAAAAAACAAAAGAUUAAACCAUUUUUGCUCUCUUAUAGU